GGGGCGGGGCAAAAUGUGAAGUGUGUUAACCUAACGCUUUUAACAACACGCCUAUGCAUUGGGCAAAUAAUGCACUUUAAACUAUUGAAAGACGCGUCGACGUUGUUUGUACGUGAAUAUUUGCGGGUUCUUUAAAUCCCCUGUGAUUAUUGUUUGUUCUCAGUGACUAAAAGAAUGUGAUCACGGCGUCCUCAGCGUUGAGAGUGGCCCAAUAUUGCUUUUAUUCUGCAGCAGCGCGACGCGUCACGUAAGGUGCGGCAGUGCCCAGCGCGAGCCGGUUACGCGUUGGGUUUGGCCCUAAUCUGGAUAAACCCAUCAACAGCCUCAAUGAUCUUGUAGAUCAGAAGCAGCGCGAUGACUAAAACGCCCGAUGCCCCGGCACCCUGCGCGGGUAUGGGUGAUAUCCACCCCGAGGAGCCGGCGGAGCAUCUCUCCAGACUCGUUCGCGUUGCCGUUCCCGAGCUGGUCGUUACCUGCGAGCCGUGCGCCACUGAUUGCGGACCCUGCUCGGGCUCUCCACACCCCGACGAGGAAUCAAUCUGCUCGGACAGCGGGCUCAGCGGCUCUCCCGCCUCGUCCCUGGCGCUGAGGAAACUGUCCAACUCGUCCUCGACCGCCCUCUCGCCAGCGUCGUCUUUCGAGGAGUGCGAGGAGGAUUUAAUGGGCUACGGCGAAUAUAACCAGUCUUCAGGUGAACCGCACACGAAGGCCAUUCACCAACAUCACUGCGAUAACAGCGAGUCAUAUGCAGAUUCAAGGACACGUCAUAAAAUCAGCAGGGAACACUCUUUAUUGGGAUCUUUGGAGUUUCCAGUCCUUUUGAAGACUGAUCAGUGGAAGAAGUCAAAGAAUAUGGUGAACUGGUCUCCACUUCCAGUGACGGUGAAAAAGCGCUCACCCUGGGUGCAGGUAGUCGGCCAUGCAGGAAACUUUCAGACAGGGAGUGACGGAAGGCUGCUGAAGAAGUACUGCGAGAGCGAGCAGCAGUGUUUUCUGCAGCUCAUGAGUGACUCGCUGCGGCCCUUCGUUCCCGGGUACUAUGGCGUGACUCAGCGUGACGAGCAGGAUUACAACCUCAUGGACGACCUCCUCGCUGACUUUGACUCUCCCUGCAUCAUGGACUGCAAAAUGGGGAGCCGGACUUACCUUGAGGAAGAAUUGAGGAAGGCCCGCGAGAGCCCUCAGCCACGUAAAGACAUGUACGAAAAAAUGAUAGCGGUGGACCCAGACGCCCCCGAUGAGGAGGAACGGGUCCAGCAGGCGGUGCUCAAAACCAGAUACAUGCAGUGGAGAGAAACCCUCAGCUCGACAGCAACACUGGGCUUUCGCAUCGAGGGCAUCAAGAAAUCAGAUGGCACUUGUAACACCAACUUCAAGAGAACAAAGUACAAAGAUGAGGUCAUCCAAGCCCUGGAGGACUUUGUGGACAGCAACAUGCUAAUUUUGAGAAGCUACCAACAGCGCCUGAAGGAACUACGAGCUGUGCUGGAAAAAUCAGAUUUCUUCAAAGCACAUGAGGUGGUGGGCAGCUCCUUAUUAUUUGUCCAUGAUGUGACCGGCAAGGCCGGAAUCUGGAUGAUAGACUUUGGAAAGACUGUGCCUAUGCCGCCCCCUCUGACCCUGGACCACCGCAGCCCGUGGGUGGAGGGCAACCGAGAGGACGGCUACCUCUGGGGCCUGGACAAUUUUAUUGACAUUCUGACCAACAUGCUUCCGGAGAAAUGAAAGGCAUCGUGGAUCUUCAGAAUCGUCGUUUUCUGAACGGACUCUUUGAUUUCCCUCUAUUUUUUUUUUUCCUUCAUGGAGAAUAGACGAAGGUAGGAGAGAAUGAACUGAUGGGAUGGACUGACUGGCCUCGACUUUUACUACAAGUGCUACUGAUGAACAUCUAAGCCUGUGCAUUUACCUGCUGUAGCCCCCUCUCUGUGUUGACGUUUUCACUACUUUCGAAAAGCUGUACGUAUUUUUACACUGUAAAUAGAUUUUUAUUUAAGCGGUUUGCUCUUGGGGGUUGAUGAGUGAAAGAUUAGCUUAGUUUUAUGAACAUUAACCCCGCAGAUGAAAAUCAUUACAGUUGUGUUGUUUUGAUGUGUUAAGGAUGCAAAAACAGCCAUGCUUUUGAAUACUAAUGAAAAUCUAGACCUUUGUAGUCUUUCUGUGAUAGUUGCCAGAUAUUUUUCCUGUAUUUUACCCAAUAUUUGUGACCAAAUGUCUUUUGGGGAUGAACUGAAUUGAAGUGCACACUGUUAACGGUCCCAUAAACUGAAGCUGGAUCAAAUCACAGAACAACAAAGAACUCGUUUUAAUAACAACAAAAUUUGGAAAAUGUGUUCUGUUUUGGGUCAAGCACUAUAUUAAUUCACAUCAAGCACAGUGCGUUAAACUCUUAAUGCUUUACAUUCCCAUGUUGUGUGGUUUUUGCAUGCAAGCACGAACUGCUAAGUAGCCCGUCAAUAGCAAAUAUACUACUGACUGCCGGGUUUUUUUGUGGGAUAUUUGAGCCAGUUCUCCUUAUGCACAAAUUCACUGUUUGCACUGUUAAUUAGAAAUCACUUCAUUGAGGUUUUGUACUGUAUAAUAGUAAAUCACUUGUGAUCGCUAUGUUGGGAGCUUUGUUGUCCUGGCUGUAGUUUUGAAGUUCUGGUUUAUGGGUUCUGUGACGUUACCUACAUUAUCUUGUUAUUUUUGUAAAGGUGUUUGACUGUCAGCACAAUAAAUAUGAACAUGA